GGAUUUACAUGCUAUUUCGUAACUCGCUAUUGUAGAUGUCGCUCCACAGAAUUUUUGUUUUGCAGAAAUUUCCAGCAGUUUGCGGUUAGUUUGCUAUUUGGUAGAUAUGUGGCGCACCCAUAAUGCGGGGGUAUGUUCUGUGUCUAUGGUCGAGCGUCAAGCUGUGAUCACAGAUUAUCAAAAUAUUGGUGUGAUAUUGUUUCCUGCUAUUUUAAAAAUAAGUGUAUGAAAACUAUAAUGGUGAUCUCUUGUGUUGCUUAUGGAUGUAAUAAUGAGCAGAAUUCAAGAAAAAUACCGUUUCAUACUUUUCCAUUUAAACGGACUGAAAUACUAAAAUUAUGGAUACAGGCACUUGGUAGGGAUAAUUGGAAGCCGUCAAAAACGAGCAGAAUUUGUGGACAACAUUUCCUUUCAAGUGACUACAUCAUUAAGCCAGGAUUGACUGCUAAUUUGUUAAAACCUAAUGCUGUACCCAGUGUCUUUCCUUUUCAAAAGUAUUUAUUACCGAAAGUAACUGUAUCUCAUAGAACAGUAUUAAAACAGAUCAUUCCUGCUACAAACGUUCAAACUGAAAAUGAAUUAAUGGAUAUUGAUUUACCCUCUACUUCUACAUCUACCGCAACUGUGGAGAAGUCAAUUGAUAAGGAAUGCCAAACAGUUCUGGACGAUAAAGUUGCAAUUUUACAAAGAAAAGUUAAAACGUUAAAGCAGGAGAUUAAGCGUAAGGAUGUAAAAAUUCGAAACAUGAAAGACGUUAUCAAUGCAAUAGGGACAAAUGGCCACAGCUAAUGAAAGCUAGUCUGGAUGCUGUUCUAAAUAAAUAUUUUGAAGGUCUACCACUAAAAUAAAAUCAUGACUGUCCGACUUGCAGCACAUACUUUAAGUAGUGGUAUGGGAGAUGCGAUAGAAUAUUUAGAGAAAUGUGCAGUUAUUGAAAUCAAAGGCAGUUACACAACUGUGGACUUUAUAAGAACAAUGGACCGGACUUUCGAUAUGUUAAACUGUAGAAUCCAUUUGGAAAGGACUUUAAAGCACCAAUGCGACCCAACACCUAUACUUUUUCAAAAACGAAAGAAUAUCUGGAAAGUUUAACGAUAGAAAGUAUUCCACUAUUAAACAGUUUACCUAAAA